AUGACUCUGUGUAAUAUUCCCAAACACAAAGCCAAAUUAUCGCUGGAUAUCAUCAAAUAUUACUUUCUCCAUUUCGAAGAGAUCAUUGUAGGAGUCGAUGCCUUGCCACGAAAACGUCUCUCCAAAGAAGACCUCUUUCAUGAUCUUCAUCGUAAAUGUGGUAUGAAUCGGUGGGAGUCUCAAAUGUCAUAUUCAAUAAUUAAACGAGUCUUUCGUGCUUUCUAUCAUGGUUCGGGGGAGGGUGGCGUUCCCAACCCUUGGCUGCGAGAACAAUUAAAACACACCACGGAAUGUAUGUGGGCUCAUGCUGCAACAAAAACUGCCCAAGUUUAUGCCGCAUAUGAGGGUGCCUUUAUGAUUUCCCAAAAAGCUUUGGAGGGAAAAAUUAAAAAUCUCUAUACUGAGCUGCAUCAACGGAUGCAAGCAAAACCCCAACCAGAUGAAAAUCAAGAAUGCACCUGUGCAGCAUGUCCGGCAAGGAUAAUGAGAGAAAGUUUAAAACCAGUCAGAGUCACCACAAAAAUGCAUAACAUUAGUGAUCCUUUUGAAGAGAUCUAUAGAAGGGAGGUGGAUAAAAUGCUUUAUGAUCAGGAAAACAAUGAAGAACAGGAGAGGAAUAACAAUCCCAAAGCGAAAUGUACCUGCCCCACAUUAAAAAAUGAUAACAAUCAUGAUUACUACCAAGAAGCAGCUAAAUUGUGUAAUACAGGUUAUGGUCAAGGUCCAUUUGAUUGUCGAUGGUUUAAAAUCAGCAAAGAAGAAUAUGAAGAGGAUGAUUUGGAUCCCAAAAUAAAAUUACCCGAAGAGUUGCCAUGUCAGCCAUGCCAAGAGGAAGGAGACAACUCAUCAUGCGAUUCGGAAUGUCUAUGUAAUUGUGAAGUUUGUAACUGUGAAUCGGAAGAGGAGUUGGAGUGCGGCGAAGCAGCCGUUGAUGUGGGGGAUGAUGAAUCCAGCCAAGACAUUUCUUUAAUAUCUAAAAUUGAAAAGGAAAUUUUAGGUGAAGAAGAACUUUCAAGAAAUGAAAUUGAGGAUACAAAUGAUGAUGAUGAAAAUUGCGCGAAUUAUUCGAAUUGCAAAUAUUCGGAAAAAAUGCAAAAUGCGGUUCGACAAAUUUAUUGA